CAAGUUGGUAAAUGUGAACCCUCCUAUUAUAAUAAAAAACGACAUCAGUUUUCUUUUUUCUUUAAUUUUUUUUUUGUUAUUGUUUUGACGUUUGUUUUUUCGUGGUGUGCAGUUAUAAAAGUGCUAAAAACAUGAAAAAUUUAAUGAAAAUUUGAAGAAAAUUUUAUUAUUUUGAGCUUGCUUUACGAAAUAACUUAUUUUGAAAUAAUUUUGUAUCACAAUUUAAUAUUUGAAGAGAAGUUGCAAUUGUGUGAAGUUGCAGUUGAAGUGUUGGAUAUGAAAAAAAAUUGGAUUCAUGUGAGAAACUUGUCCCACAAAAUUAUUUUGCUCUCUUUUAAAAUGACAUUGAGCCCAGAGAUUUUUUCUUUGUGGGACGCACCUAUUCUUUAUGUUUGAAUAAAAAAGUCUGACAGUUUUCUUACAAACUCAAACAGCAAGGAAAACGAAAAAUGUUACGAACUAGGAAUAUUGUAUUUAUUCAACGACGAUGGAAAGGGGGCAAACAACGUUGGUCCGUGGUGCAAAAAAAAAAAGCUGUCACAGACCGGGUGUUAGAAAAUUUCGAUGAUUUCUACGGAACAGUUUUCGGCGUACGAUGGAAUAAUAUGAGGGCUGCACUUCUCUCAGAACAAAAAUAUGUCGCUAUGGUCAAUAAUUUCGGUGAUAUUGAAAAAACAUGCAAUCUUUUCGAAGGAAUGGGAGCCAUUAAUAUAAGAUCCUUGUUUUCCUUGGCAAAGGAACGGAGCGUGAUUGAAAAUAGUAGUUCAAUGCCAAAUCAAACAGUUUACAAAUUAGAUGAUCGUCUUGGUGGCAUUAUUAAAAAUCAAGAAGAUCGCGAAAAACAAUCUAUUUAUCCUGAAAAUAGUGAAAAAGAAGAAAAUGUUAACCAUAACAAUCCAUUUCAAUCAGAAAAUAAGGAAGAGACCGAAAAUGAAACUACUUCAAAUAAAUCACUAGAAGGAGCCAUCGAGAAAACCACUGAGUUAGAUACCCGUCGAAUCAUUGAUACUGAAAGUGGCUCUAGUGGCUUGUACGAUUACAUCCCUGCAACAAAUCUCAAAGGCAUGGAAGAUUGGAUUCCAGAAUCCAAUUAUUACAAAUAUUAUCAAACUACAACAGACUUUCCUCUUCAGAUUGAACUUGAAACGGAAUUAGCCUUUCCCGAUAAUCUUUGUCUUUACACUUAUGAAAUGGGAAAUUGUACAAAAUUCAAAUCGCCGUUUAAGUGUCUGACUGGUGUGCUGUCACAUUAUCUAAUGGAUGGGUCAUCAAUUUUACCCCCUCUCUUUUUGGAUGUUCAACCGGGAGAAAAAGUUCUCGAUGCUUGUGCUGCACCUGGUGGGAAAUCCCUCCUUAUGCUGGAAACUUUACAUCCCGAAAUUCUGGUUUGUAAUGACGUACAAGAAAGCAGAGUAAACCGCAUCCGAAAGUCAAUGACGGAAUAUCUUAUCGAUUUUAGCGAUCGAUGGGAAGGCAAGCGUUGUUUGUUAACACAACGAGAUGCACGUGGCAUUGACGAGUUUGAAAUGUACGACAAAAUUUUAGUCGAUGUACCCUGUACCACAGAUCGGCAUUCGCUCAACGAAAUUGACAAUAAUAUUUUUAGAUCUUCUCGACUAAAAGAACGUUUAAGAAUUCCAGAGCUUCAAGCUAAUAUACUUACGAAUUGCAUCCGACUUUUAAAGCCAGGCGGCAGCCUCGUCUAUUCAACGUGUAGUCUAAGCCCAAUUCAAAAUGAUGGUGUUGUGCAUAUGGCAAUGCAUGAGGCAUUCAAUGAGCAUGGAAUAACCGUCAAAGUUAAAGAUUUAAGUUUUUUAAUUCAAUUGUUUAGCGAUAUAUUUAAGUUUGAAAACCCAAAAGGUUUAAAAUAUGGACAAAUGGUUGUGCCGUUUUUACCAGCAAAUUUUGGACCAGCAUACUUUUGUAAGAUUACAAGGAAGUAAGUUGUUAAUAUAUUAUUAAGAUAAUUAUUAAAGCAGGUAUUACACAAAAAUGAUGGCUUUUUAAUAUAAAUCUGAACCGCCCGGCAUGAGUAAAUUUCUUAGAAUAUAAUGAAUGAAACGAAUUGUGGAUGUAAUAUAAACAGUUUUAAAAAUAUUUUUGUGUAAUUCAGUGUUUUUUUUACAAAAAUUAUGGAAAACAAAAAUGCAAAUUGUGACAGAAGGCUAUGCGCGAAUUUUAUAUUUGAUUCUCCGGGAUCACUUUUUAAAAAAAUACUAAAUGAAACUCAUAUUUAUUUUUUAAUGUUUUAUUUUUUAUACUUAAAGCCUCAGAUUCCUUACCACUGGUGGGGGUAAAUCGUUGGCUAUCGUGAGUAUUCAGAUGAAACUAAAUUUUUGGUAAAUUUAAUUAUACUCAAGUAGAUAUGCUUGGUAUGUCUUUAUCAGUGUUUAUGUCUUUUAGUAAUCCUAUAACUCCUCUCCCCUUUGACUUUUGUUUCUCUUGAAACAAUUUUUUUUAUAAAAUUAUAAGUAUAACCCAAAUUAUAACAAUUACAAAACCGUUUAUACCAAAAUGAAUAUAUGAUUGGUCAGAGGUUUUCUCUACUAUUUCUUUAAUAUUUUCAAUUCUUGUCAAAUUAUAAUUUUCAAUUUUUAAGUCAAUUUCUGUCAAAUUAAAUGUUUCUUCCAUAUAAAUAUUUAUUGGUUGUUUUACAAUUGGAUUUUUGUUUACAUAUUCUGUGUCAUCUUUUUCAAGGUGUUGAAAAAAAAUUACCUUAAUGCUGUCAGGCCAGGUAUUUGAGUGUAACUACAAAAACUAUACACACAAAUAUCACAAAAUAAUGUCUCUACAGAGAAUCUCUGUACUUGCAUUGUACAAAACGGCACGCAGCAUAAUUUUUGAAUAUGUUCAAUUUAAAUUUAAAAUUUUAUGACUUUAUUUUAUGACAUUUAAAAUUUUUGACAAAUCUUUAAAACACUAGAUAUCCCGCGCAGAAAAAUCUAUAUAGAAUAGAUCAAACUUUAUAAGCAACUAGCGGACCCGGCGAACGUUGUCCCGCCUCAGAGCAAAUAACGAGGAAAUUAAGAUAAUAAAUAUACAAUAGUCGGAAUAAGUAAUUUGACAAAAUGAACAUUUCUCGAUCUGAUGAGAAUAAUCUAUAACGGUUAAUUUUCAAAGAUCCAAGUAAACAGUCAUUUAUAUGGGUGGUAUUAUGCUUUGGUGUUGCCAUUUUUGUGUUAGCAGUGCGAAUUUCUGAGUGGAAAAAGUAUUUUGACAAUCGUUCUUUUUCAAUGUUUUUAAGGUAAGGUAAUGCAUUUUAUAUUUUCCAAGCAUGUAUCAAAAUGUUGAGCUUAUUUAGGCUCCGAUCGUAAAAAGUGCGUAAAUUCGUAACUAAAUACUGAAAUUAAUGCAAUUUUAGUUGCAACAUAUAAUUUCGGUGUGUCUUUUAAGCAAAUCUGAGGAAAACUGAAUUUAUAGUGCAAAAUUAUUGAUUACCAAAUAAGAAAACACCAAAAAAAAAACGUAUGCUACCCAAAAUUUGCUAAGAAUGGGCAAAUAAAAGAAAAAAUGCACUAAAAGAAAACUGGCACAAUUUGAGAAAUUCACUGUAAAUCCCAGAUUGUCCCAUAAAAGACUGCAGUUGAAAAUGCCAUUCUGUCACCAAAAACUUCAUUAGCCAAAAAAUAAUUCGCAGAGAGUUCGGAAAAGACAAUUUUAAUAUUUUUACAGGGAGAUAACAAUGUUUUUAUUUUUACCUCAUAGAAAAAUUAAAAAAAAACAAAAAUUUAAGCGAAGCACACUGCGGCCUACUAUAUGAGAGGGAUACCCAAAAGUCCAUUUCUUAAAUUAUAACUUUUAAGCUUUUUUUGGUUUUAUUUCAUGAGUAUACGUCCCUAUCUAUUUCUAAGGUUUAUAUCAUCAAUUAAGCUUAACAGGUGAAAAAGUGAAGCAUCAAAGUGCAAAGUUUGAUACCAUUGAUUUCAUCCAGUUUUAGUAGUUAGUCAUGGAUAUAGUUUUUUUGUUCGUAUUAAGUUUUUUUUUUUUUGACGGGAGCAAAUCUUCAAAAGACACUUGGCAGUAUUCGACACCAAGUAGUGUGGGACUCUUAACCACUAAAACCACCUCUUUAUCAGGACCAAUCUUGAGAGAUCGACAUCAGAUUUUUCUUUCUUAACUUUGUAAAAUCACUUACAAAUACCGAAAUCAUCCGAAAAUUCCAAAACAAAGUCCUUCGUGGAAUAGUCAAUGUACCUUGGUACAUAAGAAAUAGCGAUCUACAUCGUGACUUACAAAUAGAAGUUGUUACCUGAUACGAUGUAUCGCAUAAUCAGAGACUACAAAGUCAUACCAAUUCUAAAAUGGUGUCCGUCUUGAAUACAAGAAACCAUAUUCGGAGAUUAAGAAGAACCAAGCCUCAUGAGCUUAUGGUCUAAAAAAACAUGGGAAAGUAUUAAAAGUUUAAACUUCUUGUUUUUGGGGAAAGUUUAAACUUUUAAUACUUUCCCAUGUUUUUUUCGACCAUAUGCUCAUGAGGCUUGGUUCUUCUUAAUCUCCGAACAUGGUUUCUUGUAUUCAAGACUGACACCAUUUCAGAAUUGGUAUGACUUUGCAGUCUCUGAUUAUGCGAUACAGCGUAUCAGGUAACAACUUCUAUUUGUAAGUCACGAUGUAGAUCGCUAUUUCUUAUGUACCAAGGUACAUUGACUAUUCCACGAAGGACUUUGUUUUGGAAUUUUUGGAUGAUUUCGGUAUUUGUUUUCUUUGUACAGCCCCAUAAUUGGAUACCAUAGGUCCAAACAGGCUUUAGUACUUGAUUAUACAGCAUUAUUUUGUUUUGGGUUGAUAAAUCAGAGUUGUUACCAAGUAACCAGUACAUUUUUCUAUAUUUCAAGGUCUUCUCUUUUCUUUUUGAUGUGCUCUUUCUACUUUAGCUUUGCAUCCAAAGUCAUUCCAAGGUAUUUGGCCGUAUUGGCGUAAGGUACAGCUUGAUUACACAGCCACACAAAAAAAUAUAAAAGUUCUGGUCUGGGGUUGCGACCAGGUUUUUCAUAUAGUUUUGGGGUCGCUGAAACCGAAUCCGAAGUCCGUUUUGCCCCAUCACGUCAGGUUUUCGAGACAACCUCAAAAAAUGUCACGAAAACAAAAAUUUUUUUUCUCUGAUUUCUGGAUGUGCGAAUAUGUUAUUCAUAUAGUUUUUGGAUCGCUGAAUCCAGAUUCGAAGUCAAUUUUGCCCUAUCACGUCAGGUUUCUGAGAUAUCCUCAAAAAAAUGUCAAAACCAAAAAAACAAAAUUUCUUAUCUGGAGUUGCGACUAGAUUUUUCAUAUAGUUUUUGGGUUGCUUAAACCGAAUCUGAAGUCUAUUUUGCCGUAUCACGCCAGGUUUUUGAAAUAUCCUCAAAAAAUGUCUAAACUCAAAAAAAAAGUUCUUAUCUGACAUUUUUUGAGGAUAUCUCAAAAACCUGACGUGAUAUGGCAAAAUAGACUUCGGAUUCGGUUUUAGCAACCAAAAAACUAUAUGAAAAACCUAGUCGCAACUCCAGAUAAGAAAUUUUGUUUUGUUGGUUUUGACAUUUUUUUGAGGAUAUCUCAGAAACCUGGCGAGA